GAAAGCACUUGGUUGGCCUCUUCGCGGACCGGAAGAGAACUGAACGGCGCUGGAUCGUGGUGUGAAGCUGCUGCUUGCUGAGAUAAAGCCAUAUCGGACGAUACUUGUGUCUUCUGAGGCUUGAAAGGACCUCAAAUGAAACAAUGGACGCCGUGGCAGAGGACGAACCGGACCCUAUAAAGCUCAAGUCCGUCAAGAACAAUAAAACAUUCACAGUGCCUCAGAAUGAUAGGUUUGGGAGCUGCAGAAGCGUCAGAGAGUUUGAGAAACUCAACCGCAUUGGAGAAGGAACUUACGGCAUUGUGUACCGAGCCCGAGACACCAAGUCAGAAGAGAUUGUAGCACUGAAGAAGGUCCGGAUGGACAAAGAGAAAGAUGGGAUCCCCAUCAGCAGCCUCAGAGAGAUCACCCUGCUGCUGAGGCUGAGGCAUCCCAACAUAGUGGAGCUGAAAGAAGUGGUCGUUGGCAGCCAGCUGGAGAGUCUGUUUCUGGUAAUGAGUUACUGCGAGCAGGACUUGUCCAGUCUGCUGGAAAACAUGCAGACACCGUUCUCUGAGGCGCAGGUAAAGUGUAUAAUUCUUCAGCUGUUAAGGGGCCUGGAGUAUCUCCACCACAACUUCAUUAUACACAGGGACCUGAAGGUGUCCAAUCUGCUGAUGACAGACAAAGGCUGCGUUAAGAUCGCUGAUUUUGGGUUGGCCAGGAUGUACGGCAUCCCCCAGCAGCCCAUGACGCCCAGAGUGGUGACACUGUGGUACAGAGCUCCAGAGCUCCUCCUAGGGACCAAGUCUCAGACUACAGCCCUGGACAUGUGGGCUGUAGGCUGCAUCCUGGCUGAGCUGCUGGCUCACAAACCUCUGCUGCCUGGAACCUCUGAGAUCCAGCAGGUGGACCUGAUAGUUCAGCUGCUGGGAACACCCAAUGAAAACAUCUGGCCGGGUUUCUCUCAGCUGCCCCUCAUCAGUCAGUACAGUCUGAGGAAGCAGCCGUACAACAACCUGAAGAAUAAAUUCACCUGGCUGUCUGAUGCUGGACACAGACUGCUCAACCUGCUCUUCAUGUACAACCCACAGCGCAGAGCUACUGCCAAAGAUUGUUUGGAGAGUUCCUACUUCAAAGAGAAACCUCUACCCUGUGAACCAGAGCUGAUGCCAACCUUCCCCCACCAUCGCAACAAGCGGGCCGCUCCUCCGGCAGAGAGCCACUCGAAACGGAGCAAAGUGUGAUGAAGGAGCCAGUGGUGAUGAGCUAUCUGACUGAAAAGACGGCCCUGUGGCGGUGACGCUCUCAGGAAUGUGCGGUCACAGGGUGGACGUUGGUUUCUGUUCACAUUGCAUGCAUGGAACGUGGAUCUGGAAUUUUCAGCAAAUCUACACCAGUUAGUUUCAACUCAGCUGAAGGCAACAAACACAUUGCUGGAAGUCUUACAUGGAGCUCUGCGCUGUUCAGUAUAAUGUUAGACAGGCUGUAACUGCACAUUCAUCAGUGUAGAUCCAGUGAUUUGCAGCUCCAUAGAAAUCUCUUCCGUUUCUGGAGUAUGUCUUAAUAUUCCUACUGCUGCCAAGGUCUGCACUCUAAGGUGGAGUUUAUGUGGACAAUGUUGACUUGACAAAUAUACUGAGGCAUUGUGUCCUUUGUUUUGAACAUUUGUCACAUUUUACAUGUGCUGUUCUGUCUUUGCUCUUCUGUGAUCAGCAACAUCAAAAUCGAAAAACUGUGAAGAGGCACGACAAGAAGGAUCUGAACUCAGUUACACUGAGCCUGUGAACAGACCUCUUAGGAGUUUUUAAACCAUACUGGCAAAAAUAGGUUUGAGUGCUACAAUCUGCCUGUACGAUUCAAACAGAUUGUGUUAAAAUAAAUGGAUCGGCAGCCUUGUUAAGCUCUCAGGUUUGAUCCUCACAACCGUCAGUAUGUGUCGAUGAGCAGCCGCGUGUCCUGCCAAAGUGUCCUUGAAGUAAAAUGCGGAACCCGUCAAUCUGCUCACUUAUUGUUAACAUAGUUGUUGAGGUUAUAGUUCGGUAUUUGGGAAAAAAAUGCUUAUUUGCUUUUCUGGAGAGUUCGAUGAGAGGCUUGAUAUCACUCAUGUAAAUAUGUAGCUGGAUUCAGUCUGUAUGAUAAGCUAAGCUAACGGGCUGCUGGCUGUAGCAUCAUAUUUACUGUGCAGACAUAAGAGUGGUAUCAAUUUUUUUUCAUCUAACUUUGGGCAAAAAGGUGACUAAGCAUAUUUCCCAAAGUGUCAGACAAUUCCUUCUAGAGCCUCAGCUUGAAUGUACAAAACGUACUGUAAAUGAACCGUGGCCUCAGUAAAAAUCACUGAGAAGUGGUAAACUGGUAGACUUGUUUGACACCUAGUCAAUAAAAUGUGACAGAUAUUUAUCUAGCCCACCGGUUCCCAACCUGGGGGUCGCCAAAACUUUGCGGGGGGGGGGUUGCAAGGCUUUCCUGAUUUUAAGUGGUGUCGGAAAACCUGUUUUAAAAAUGUAGAGUAGACCUGUAUCAGUAUUUCAAUCAUUUCUUUUUAGGAUUUUUUUUUUUUUUUGCAUUUCUGCUUUACUUAAGACUAGAACAGCGGCUCAGAGUCAGCAUGAAGAAUCUGUCAAAAAAGAAGCCUAUUAAGUGUGUGUGAUUGCUAAAAUUUAAGAUACAUAUAAUAAUACAUAAAAAAAUACAAGUUCCUGAAAAUCUCAGGAAAAUUCAUGCCAUAUUCACAGAAAUAAUCUGCUCAAAAUGAAUCCAAAUCACUCGUUUUACACAAACCUGCAGCCAUUCCGAUCCUGUUUGGGUUAAUUGUUAGCAGUUGUUCUGUACUCUUGUUGUCAUGUAUUAAUUAUAAGAUGAAAUAUUCAUAAAACAUGUCACUUGGUCAGGGGUCAUCAGUUUAUGCACAAGCUGAAAAGGAAAAAAGGUUUGGAACCACUGAUCUAGUGGGAUAGAUACUGAAAAUGUCACUGUAGAGCCUCCAGCUAUUGAGCAUAAUAAACAUG